UUUAAAUGCUCCGCCGCGUGCCGCUAGAAAAUCAGCUGUAGGCGCCAACGCUGAACAACGGAGGCUCUGGACCCCAGGGACAAAUGACAGCAACAGACGAGUGGAGGUUUUUUACGCCAGGCCACUGACCUCCCAGCGAAAGCCCAACGUGGGUUGCGUCCUAAAAGCCGCUUUAAAACACCGACAUGUAAAACUGCCCACCUCUAGGUUUAAACUGCGUCCUCCGGCUUAACUCCAGCCAGUCCUCCGCUGUCACCCCUUCACUGCGGCUUCUGUUUGCUACAUGUUCAGCGGCAGACAACAACCAGUCACGUUUUCAAAUUUGGAGCCAACCGCUGACUGGAUCACGUGUUUCCGAUUUAGCCAACCCACCGUGGUUACCAUGGUGACAGGCCCCGCUUUGCAAACCAAGAGUUAGCCAAACAUAACAGACAUGAGUGCAGAUGCAUCUUUCUCCCCUCACGACUACACCACUGUUGACUAUAAUGGGAAGGUCCCUGUGGAGCACCUGGACUAUGGCUACAUAGAAAAAUGCAAAGAUGUGAAAUACCUAGAGAAGAUCUUGAAAGUACUGAGGUCUGGCAAGGAGGGCAUCUAUCCCCAGCUUAUAAACUUCUGUGAGAGCCACUUGGAGAAACUAAAUCCUAGGAGUCGAGCCCUCAGAAAAGAAAACUCUGUGGUCACAGCCGCAAGUCUCUCGAAAGAUGAGUGGAGCCAAGUUGCUGAUGAGUUGAAAAUCUGGCAAGAAGAAACCAAACAGAGAGAUAAGUCACUACAGCUGCAUCCAAUAUCGGAUGAUGUAGUGAAUAAAAACAUGCCACCUAUAAGAGGUUCCAAUUGUUUUGUUGCUCUUAGUCAGAAUUCAAAUCUAAAAGAAAAGAGAGAAUCUUUAAAAUGUGUGCUCCCGCGUGAUUAUAGAGAAUGGGAUAAAUUUGACGUGGAGGAAGAAUGUGAAAAAAUCGAUGGUGGUCAAAUGGUCCAGUCCUCAGCCAUUAUAAACACAGGGCAUUCUGAAAUAAAGACACAGUUAGAUGUCUCAUUGCUGAUGCAAGAGGAGAAACGUCUCCUGGCAAAUCGUGAGAAGGACAAAGGCAACGAAGCCUUCAAAGCAAAAGACUAUGAGGAGGCAGUAGCAUAUUAUUCCAGGAGCCUUUCCAUUAUACCAUCUGUGGCUGCGUUCAACAACAGAGCUCAGGCUGAGAUCAAUCUCAAGCACUGGCACAAUGCCAUGAGAGACUGCCAGAGUGUCCUUCAGCUGGAACCAGGCAAUGUGAAAGCGCUGCUUCGCCGUGCCACUGUACACAAGCACAUGGGUGAUUCUCAGCUGGCUGCUGCAGACCUGAGGAUGGUGCUUAUGGAGGAGCCGCUCAAUGCUGCAGCCACACAACUGCUGUCUGAAAUCGAGAAAAAACUGAUAAAAUGUCAACCAGAGGAGCAACGCAGAGGCAAGAAAAUUCUCAUUCAAGAAAUGGAAGUGGAAGACAGCAACAGUAACCAUGGUACAGAACAGAAAGUUUGUCCGGUUGAACCCAGCCAGCCUGUGGGAGGGGAGGACGGCUCAGCUGCUCCUGCCGAAAAGGGAGACAUGGGCAACGCUCAGAAAAAACCCCAUGGCAGAGGGGACGGGGGUCCACACAGUGAGUCCAACUCCCACCAUGGGCACUGGAAAGGCAAAGGAGGCAGCUCAGACAAAUACAAAGCCUCACAGGAGGCAAAAGACAAGGAAGCCAACGGAACAAGCAAGAGAGGCUCGACAGCUUCAGUCCAGGCUGAUCAAAGCGGCGGCAGUAAGGGAACUUUGCUGGGAGGAAGUGCAGGGGAAACUGUCAACCUUGAUGCACCAUGCGGAGCCCUGCCCCCACCGCUGGCCCGGCUAAAAAACGAAGGGAACCUGCUGUUUAAAAAUGGACAGUUUGCUGAUGCGUUGGAGAAAUACUCACACGCUAUUCAAGGCUACACGGAGUCAGGGAUUGAUAGUCCAGAGGAUCUGUGUAUUCUGUAUUCCAACAGAGCAGCCUGCUACCUGAAGGAUGGCAACAGUCAAGACUGUAUACAGGACUGCACGAAAGCUCUGGAACUGCAGCCGUUCUCCCUUAAGCCCCUCCUGCGCCGGGCUAUGGCUUAUGAGACACUGGAGCGCUAUCGGAAAGCCUACGUGGAUUACAAGACCGUCCUGCAGAUAGACACCAGCGUGCAGGCAGCACACGACAGCGUGAACAGGAUUACUCGGCUCCUGAUUGAGCAGGAUGGUCCGGAGUGGAGGGAGAAUCUUCCAGAGAUUCCCCUAGUGCCUCUGUCAGCUCAGCAGCACCACAUAAAGGAGCCGCCCAGUGCAGAGGUUCUCCAGGCUCGCGCAGAGAAAGCCGCCAGGGAUGCAGAAAGAAAAGCAGAAGUCCUUUUUACAGCUUUGAAGCAAGAAGGGAAUGACUUUGUGAAGAAGGGCCAGCACCAGGAUGCACUGGGAAAGUACACUGAAUGCCUUAAGAUCAAGCCAGAGGAGUGUGUGAUUUACACUAACAGAGCUCUGUGCUACUUGAAGCUUGAGAGGUUUACUGAGGCCAAACAGGACUGUGAUGCAGCACUGAAACUGGAGCCAACCAAUAAAAAGGCCUUCUACCGGCGAGCCCUGGCCAAUAAAGGCCUUAAGGACUAUCUGGCGUGCAGCUCUGACCUGCAGGAGGUACUGCAGCAGGAUCCCAACGUCCAGGAAGCUGAGAAAGAGCUGGAGGAGGUCACAGUGCUUCUUAGACAAAGUCUCGCCGACGCCUCAUCAGCCAAGCCCAGAAGGACCGUUCCCAUCAUAGAGAUCGAUGGUGACGAGCAAAGCAGCUGCACAGGAGAAGACAUCAGCAUCAACCUGCAUCCGACCAACUCUCAGGAGUUUGGUCAGGCCUUGAAUGCCGCCUGCAGUGGCAAAAACACGGCGGCCUGCGCUGACCUGCUGGCCUCUACGGACCCCCAGCUGCUUCCACAGUACUUGAGCACAUACUUGAAUGGACACACUAUUAGCUUUAUCAUGCAGGCACUGGACUCUCACCUCCUGGAGAAAGAUCCCAACCUGGUUUACCAGCACCUCAGCUAUUUGCACUCCACUGACAGGUUCUCGGUUGUACUGAUGAUGCUGCCAAAGGAAGAGCAUCACCACAUGACUCAGCUGUUCGAGCGUCUGUCAGCUGCAGAGAGCACGGAGUACACUAAAAACGAUGUUCAGAACCUGGCCAACAAAUACAUCUGACCCUUCUGCUUGAAUGCUCCCUGCUGCAUAAGUCGUUGCACCACCAAAACUCUUGGAUCUAUGCAAAACCCGUACAAGAAUGAAGUCAAUGAAAGCAGGAAGGUGUGGAAUGAGCCCCACAGCAAUACAAUGGAACACAGCCACGUUUCUGCACUCUACUGAUUUUUCUGUAGAUGAUACCAUACCUUUAAACAACAACAUGAGACAUCUAUUUUUUUCUCCAGAUUAUUUUGCUGACUGGCUGUGGGACACUAUGUACCUUUUGAGAUAUUUGAUAUCAGCUAAACUGUCACCAAGCAAAUUGAAAUGCUACUGACCUAAUCCCUGAGAGUUUUAUUACAACCAUUUGUACUGUAUGACCUUCGCGGACAGGAGCAGGCCUGCAUGACGAUGUCUUGUUGUUGUGUGCUCUAUGUUGGCAGUUGGACUAAUACAUGCUCUGACCUCUAACCAGCUGCUUGUUUUGUCUGUGUAGCUAUGCAAUUACUCCAUCUGGACCCUAAUGUAAAAUUACACUCAGAAAGCCUGAUGUCUGUGAGUUUUCCGUAUGGAAACGUAUAACGUCAUUCACCAUGUUAGCCUGCCAGCCAGCGCUGUAACACACUGGAGAGAAGCAGCAUCUUGAUGAGAUGUGUGCCUUGGAUUUCAGUAGUCAUGUUAAAGGUUUGUUAGCCUCCUGA